AUGAUUGUAUCAAUGUGGUCCCCUGAAGCAGAAGUUUGGCAUGAUCGUCUUCCAAGCACCCACCUCGGCAACUUGUCAACCAAAGUCGUUCACUCCCCCGGCCUCUCCAUGUUAUUCCCCUGCGUAACUUGCACAGACAACGGCGACAUUUGCCAUCUCACCAUUGGCGAAGGGGAAGUCAACUCAGCCGCCUCGCUCAUGGCUCUCGUCCUAUCUCCCAAAUUUGACCUGAGCAGCACAUACUUCCUCAUCGCUGGUAUAGCCGGUGUCAACCCCAAGUACGGUACACUCGGUACUGUAGCUAUUGCUCGCUACUCAGUCCAGGUCGCUCUCCAAUACGAGAUCGAUCCAAGAUCUCUCCCUCCCAACUUCGCCACGGGGUAUAUCUCUUAUGGCCGUGACCAACCCCACGAGUACCCCUUUAUCACGUACGGCACCGAGGUGUUUGAGCUCAAUGCCCAACUCCAAGAGACCGCUUACAGGCUAGCUUCUAAAGCUGAGCUAGAAGAUGCCACCGGGCCCAAGGAGUACCGCGCAUUAUAUGGCCGGAUGGGCGAGUCGUAUAGAAGCGCUUCUCAGCCCCCUUCUGUCGUCAGGUGCGACACUGCCACGAGCGAUGUGUACUAUUCUGGCAGCCGCCUCUCUGAGUCUUUUGAGAAUACCACCCGGGUAUGGACAAAUGGUACAGGAGUGUACUGCAUGACUGCACAAGAGGACAAUGCAGUAUUAGAAGUCCUGGUCAGGGCAGCGAUCGAGAAGAUUGUUGACUUCUCCAGAGUCAUGGUCAUAAGAACUGGCUCCAACUUUGAUCGUCCUCCUCUCGGCCGCUCAGAUUUAAACCAUCUCAUCUCGCAGCAAAAUGGCUUCGGCAUUGCCAUAGCCAACAUCUUCAAUGCUGGUAUCGAGAUCGUCAAAGCCAUCAUCCAUGAUUGGGACAAUACAUUCAAAGAAGGAAUCACAGCGGAGAACUAUGUGGGAGACAUCUUUGGCAGUCUGGGUGGCGAGCCAGAUUUUGGCUUUGGUAGUUUGACUCAUGGAAAGCGCAUAGCCAAGGGUUGCAGGACAAAUGAUCUGGCCGUAAGGGAGAUGGAUAGGCGGAGGAUCUUGACACAAAAGUCUCUGAGAAAAGUUUAG